AUGCACUGCGCUUCUCGUACGAACAGUGGCAUUGGCUAUCCGCCACAGCGGGCCGGCUCUUAUCAGUGGAAUUAUAAUGGUUACCAAGGUAAUUUGGCCCAAAUUUGGAACGACCCUCAGCCCGCGGCCCCUCGCCGCCGAGCCUUCACCGAGAACAAGUCGCCCACCCAGCAGAUUUGGAGCGAAUCCUCCGACUCGUUGUUGAGCGAUGCAGAGAGGGAGUCCAUUUUCAUGGUGGCCAAACAGGUGAGAAGCUUACGGCAUUCUUCUUUUCUCUGGUUUAGGCACACUGUUUUUAUGGCCAGUCUAAUAUACGGAUUUUAUCGAUGAUUGAAGAAUGGAGAACGCCAUUCAUUUAGUUUACAAAAUUAAAAGUGCUACUGUGUUACAUUCCCAAGUUAAAACUUCUUUUAUUUUCUUUGAGACAUUUUGCAACAGUAUCAAGUCCUAAUUAAGCCGUCAUUUUUAUGUUUAUUUUUUUCAGUUGCAAGCUAACGCCGACGAAAUGAAGAAAGUGGAGCCCUCAGACGGUCUGAAGAGUUUUCUCUGCAUCUCUCAUAUUCAAGAAGGAUUUUGUAGCCAGGGUGAGUUCUGUCCGAUGGCUCAUUCCGUAUUGGAAUUAGGGAAACCAGUGCGAGAGAAGGUCCGCUCCAACUCCAACACCUCCGACUAUCACAGCGAUUCGACUGAUUCCCAUAAGAAGUCUCUGUCUCCCAGAUCUAACUCCAGCUCUUAA